AUGGAAAAAAGUUUUAUUAUGAUUAAACCUGAUGGUGUCCAAAGAGGAUUAGUUGGUGUAAUAAUUAAACGUUUUGAAAGAAGAGGAUAUAAAUUGAUAGGAUUAAAAAUGUUAAAUCCUACUGAAGAAAUAUUAAAAGAGCAUUACAAAGAGUUAUCUGAUCAGCCAUUUUUCAAAAAACUUGUAGAUUAUAUAAAUAAAGGCCCUGUUGUAGCUAUGGUGUGGGAGGGUAUGGAUAUAGUUAAGCAAGGAAGAAAAUUAAUUGGGGAAACAAAUCCAUUAAAUAGUAAUGUAGGAACAAUUCGAGGAGACUUUUGUCUAGAAGUUAGUAGAAAUGUUAUACAUGGUAGUGAUUCAGUUGCCUCAGCAAAUAGAGAAAUUAAUAUAUGGUUUAAGGCUGAGGAAUUGGUCCAAUGGAAAAGCCACUCUAAUGAUUGGGUGUACGCAUAA